AUGAAAAGUUUUCAAAAGGGUUAUCUAGAGCUCAAUUAGAUAUGGCUGAGCAGAUAGUAUUAAUCUUCUUUAAAUUAGAGAAUAUGAGGCUCAUUAAAAACGAUUGUUAAAAUAACGUAAGUUAACCCCUCCUCGAGAUUCUAGGAUAUAUGAAUAAGUGAAGAAAACUUAAUUUUUGAAUAAUAGAAAAAGGGAGCUCAUGAAAUGGCAAACAAUUUAGGAAUAGAAUUCUUAAAUUUUGGCCAGGUUAGUAAAAAUUAGCAACCGAUCUCCAACAGUAAUUAAUUAUAUUUAUUUUUUAUUUAGCCUCCUAGUUAGAGUGGAACUCCAAGAGGAAGGAGAGCUUUGAAAGAACAAAAACUCAGAAUAGAAAGUGAGAAUAAAAGAUUACAUAAUAAAUUAAAUGGAAUGUAUGAUUUCUCAUUUUAAUGAUAAAGUUAGUCAGAUUUGAGGUAGGAAAAAUUUCAGGAAUCAUUUAUGAAACAUAAGAAAAUCUAAAAAAAUAUGCAAAGAUUUUACUUUGAUCCCAAUUUACAUCAGAUAAAGUUACGAGUUGAUGCAUUCUUAGACAAUGUGAAUUCGUAAAGAAUACAUGAACGAUCCAAAAGUCAAUAUUAGAAUUCGAAAUCGUCAAGAUUUGAUCAUUCACCCUUUAUGAAAUUUAGAACUGUAAGUUAAUCUUUUUUUAAAGUUAGGGAGUGAUGUUGUAAAAAUUCUGAUAUUUCAUUACUAGUAUAAAUGAG